AUGUCGUUGCUGUUAGGUUCAUCAGGGCCGAUGAAGUUGUGGCACGCCAUAGGCGUGCAGCUCCUGUCCAUCGCCGUAAGGGAGCAGGCACGUUUGUCUAAGUUCGAGGACAAUUCCAUCCAGGUGACCUGCAAUUGCACUGGAAGCUGGGAUCGCAGUUGGGGAAUCCGGAUGGUGACCUUGUCGGAGGUGGGGCUAGGAGACGUGGAGGUGGCAUCUUAUCGUGAACUACGUCCUGGUCGAAAAGUGUAUCUCUGGUAUGCGGAUGACACAGUAUGGCAUGAGAACAUGGUCGCCUUUUUGGUAGGAGGUGAUGAAGUUGUGCUAUGGACACCUGAUGAUGAUCUUUACAUAGAGAGCAUUGGUUGCAAAGGUAUCAGUGGUCCUUCACGCUUGCGAGGAGUCGGUGUUAGGGGUGGUGUGCCUCACUCAGUUCGAGGACAAGUCUACAGGUUUCGGACCCCACCCACUGAUGAUCAGAUAAAAAAGAUUGUCAGAGAGGCACAUGCGUUGGUUGAGCGUGAGAGGGGCACAGCGGUUACUCCGACUGAAAUCGUGGACUCAAUGAACAGGGUUGUCGACAUAGACGCUUUUUUUGGGGGAUCCUUUGUCAGAAGACGGAUGACUGGGAAAGGAGUGCUGGCUGGUGACUCGGCGGGAGGCACUCCGGACUCGCCCAAACAUGCCCAUCGUGUUCGCCCUGCUACAGCCGAUACUGUCUGGGUUGCUUCAGAGCCUCUAGGUGGACUGGCCCUUGGCCAGGAAGUGUCGCUGAAUUUGGAAGAUGAUGUUCAAGUUGGUGACCGCACUGCAAUGGCUCUCAGGCGUGGCACCUGGGUCAAGGUUGAGCUUAUCCCUGUUUCUGAUGCAGCUGGAUAUGCAGAAGCCAGACGUCAGCUCUUUGAGGCUACGGCUCCCAAGAAUCCUGAGGAGUCUUUAACCGAGAAGCCGUUGGUUGUGAAGAAGGAGGCGGAUGCCAAACCAGAGGCCAUGAAGUCAGAUGGCGAUGAUCCUCCAGAGCAUGGUGAUGUGAGGACUCUCUAUGUUGACACAGAUGAACAUGGGGAGCGGUUCAAGAGAUGGCGGGAUGUUUGUAGCGAGAGCUUCACGCCCACCUUUGACAGCAAGCCACUUGAGGGGCCCUGCACGGCUUUGCACUUGAUCAAGCACACUGAGAGACAAGGUGGUGAUCCUCGGCUUUGGUUGCAAUUGUGGCUGAGAUCGAAGCACAUUGAGGCCACUGACCGCACGUAUCACGAGAUGAAAGUGUCGGUUGAUGUCCUCUUCUAUGCUGGCACAUUUGAUCAGGUGAAUAUUCCUGGGCUGAUCAGCUUGGAGGUUGUGUGUCGUCGAUUGCAAGCCAUAGUUGAUGCAUACACAAAUGCAAGCAAGCCAAGCUGGGAGAAUGCAAAGCUGUUUACAGGGCAAGGUGCGCCGGAGGACAUCAUUGCGCCAGUCUUCAGGACCUAUGCCGCCAAGAAGAAUAAAGAGGAGCUGGAGCUACUUCAGGCUCGUCAGCGAGUCCGUGAGUUGCGAGGCUCGCCAGCUGCUCCGGAGGUGGGCACUGGCAACAGUUCUAGGAGCCUGAGAGGAGGACAACCGGGGUUGCCUGCUGCUAUGUCAAAAAGUGGUCGACAGCUUUUUCCUCUUCCUCAUGUUGCAUGUCCACCUAAGAAGGUGGGAGUGUCGCGUACAGUCGCCAGAAGGCGGAAUCGAAUUCGUCAUUUUGCUGAGCACUGCAACGAAAGUGUGGAUGCGCUUAACUGGCUUUCGGGGCACCUUCAACCUGGGGUCAGUUGCAGUGGAAUGCAGUCUAUGGCAUUAGCACGUAUGGAUGGCUUGAUUCGCAGUCAAGAGCCCAAUGGUGCUGUGCCUCAGCCGGAGGAAGCCUUGCAAGCGCUUCUCCGUGGCUCCAGCCCUUACGAUGGUGCUGGAGUCAAUGAGUACCACCUCUGUUGGGGGCUCCUCUAUGCCAUGACCGAGGUGACCAGUGGACAUGUGCAGGCGCUGGGGUGUGGUUUGGAUGGAACCCUGCUUCGCACCACCAUAGGAAGAGAGCGCCUGUGGAAAGUCUAUCAGGCCUUGAAAGGCUUAUUGGCGCGCAAAUGCUGCAGUGGCAAAGCCCUUGAGAAAGUUAUAGGUUCGCUUCGCAUUCAGCCAGGGAAAGAGUCAGGCUCCCUGACCCUAGAGCCGAAGUCCCGACCGAAGAAGAGGCAGAGAGAGUUGAUCCUGGAGCCAGAAGGUCGUCUGCAGGAGUUGAAGGUGGUUCCAAAGAAAGCACGUACCAUGAGUCUGACGGACAAGUUCCAGAAGAUGCUGGAAGAGAAAAAGAUGCCAUCCCUUCGACUCCCUCAGACGGACAAGGAGCUCAAGGAAAUAGAGAAGAUGUUCUUGGUCCCCAAUGCAGAGAAGUUGAAAGCAGGAGACCUAGGCUACAGCUCCGACAGCAACAGCACUUCGUCAGAGCUGAGGGGAGACGUAAAAGGAAGGAGGCUUCGUGGGCCCGCAAACAGGCCAAAAGGAGCUCUCAAAAAGCUGGUAGACCAGAUGUUGGCCGACCCGAGCAAGCAGACUCUUCUCGAGCGGGCUGCUGUGACGGAUCGGGUGAGGCAGAACUACACCAAGCGUCUGGACGAGUUUCGCAGUUUUUUAGAGGAGGCGCGCCUUCCACAUGGGAGAGCAGCGGAAAUGGAUGCAGCUUUGGUCAUUUAUUUCAACAAGAAGUAUCUGGCUGGAGAAGGGGCCUACGUGGGCGAUUACACCAUGGCAGCCCUGAUGGAUGCGGACCCGUCUUUUGGAAGGAUGGGCAACCAGCAUCUGCCUCGGGCCUGGAGAAGUUUGAAAGGAUGGCGAAAGAUGGGCUUGGUCAGACCGGCCAGUGGCAUCACGCGUCACUGGGCAGUCGUUACAAGCCUCACAGAGACCAGCGAUGUUUCAAAGACAGGAACAAAGGACGACUCAAUAGUUCUGGACUCGAAGUGGAUCACGUUCCUGUCGCCGAUGUUGGAGCAGCUCAAGAAAGGCAAGCCCAUGGACUAUGUGUGGAGCUUCCACUACGGAGAGUACCUAUCUGUCUUUCGCGAUUGCUGCAGAGACCUCAAAGUGGAUCUUGUUCCUUAUCAAGCCAGACAUUCGGGACCAAGCAUAGAUCGGUCCAACAACUCAAGGACGCAGGAGGAGGUCAGAAAGAGAGGAGGAUGGGUGUCUCGUCAGUCAGUGGCGAGGUACGAGAAGGCAGGUCGCCUAGCGGCCACAUGGGGGAAGCUGGACAGUGCAACUCAACUGACCUGCAAGGCCGCAGAAGCGAACAUAGAGGCCAUCAUCCUCGGCCAGCGCUACCCAGACAUCGCGCUGCCGUGA